AUGACUGGCAACUCUACCAUUCCUUUGCGACCGGAGAACGGCACUGCGCCGCAAGAGCCUGGGUUCGGAACGCUGGCUGUCCACGCUGGAGCUCCUCACGAUCCUGUAACUGGUGCUGUUAUUGCUCCGAUCUCCCUUUCUACUACCUACGCCCAAACCAGCGUUGGCAACCCCGUUGGUCUCUAUGAGUACACUCGCAGCUCGAACCCCAACCGGGACAACUUUGAACAGGCUGUCGCAGCUCUCGAGCAUGCCAAAUAUGCCCUUGCCUUUUCCUCUGGUUCUGCCACCACAGCUACGAUCCUCCAGUCCCUCGCUGCGGGCUCCCAUGUCGUGUCGGUUUCCGAUGUGUACGGUGGAACACACAGAUACUUCACCAAGGUCGCAGCGGCUCAUGGCGUUCAUGUGACAUUUACUCCAAGCAUUGAGUUGGAUGUGGAGGAAUUGAUUCGACCCAAUGAUACCAAAUUGAUCUGGAUCGAGACCCCGUCCAACCCGACAUUGGGAUUGGUCGAUAUUGAGAAGGUGUCAGCGCUUGCGCAUCGCCAUGGAAUCACUGUCGUGGUGGAUAACACUUUCAUGAGCCCUUAUGUCCAGAACCCGUUGAAGCACGGCGCAGAUAUUGUGGUUCACUCUGUCACGAAGUAUAUCAACGGCCAUUCGGACGUGUUGAUGGGUGUCGCAGCCUUCAGCUCCGAGGACUUGAAAGAACGUCUUACCUUCCUUCAGAACGCUAUUGGUGCUGUCCCAUCUGCCUUUGACUGCUGGCUCGCCCACCGUGGUCUCAAGACCCUUCACCUGCGUGCUCGCGAGGCGACCACUAACGCAACUGCUGUCGCCCUGGCUCUCGAAGCCUCCCCAGAUGUCAUUUCCGUCAACUACCCCGGUAUCGACUCUCACCCCCACCGCAAGAUCGCUAUCAAGCAACACCGCCAAGGUAUGGGUGGUGGUAUGCUGAGCUUCCGCAUCAAGGGAGGUCAAAAGGCCGCUCAUCUGUUCUGCCAGUACACCAAGGUCUUUACCUUGGCAGAGAGUUUGGGUGGUGUGGAGAGUCUAUGUGAGGUCCCUUCAAGCAUGACCCACUCUGGUAUCCCCAAGGACCAGCGUGAGGCUGCUGGUGUCUUUGACGAUCUUGUCCGCAUGAGCUGCGGUGUUGAGGAUGCCGAGGACCUCAAGACUGAUGUCCUCCAGGCCCUUGUCAAGGCCAAGGCUGCAGCCGAGCAGGAGAACGGAAGCGCCUAA